CUGAUCGACGGCUUUCCCUGAAGCGGCGUCAAUUUUUGCCACUGCUGAGUGUCGUCGUUUCAGUUUCUUUCUUGUAAAAUGGGGCAGCAGAAAUUCAUUAUCUGUGAACAUCUCAUCUCCCGUCUGCCUGCCUCGCACCUUUAAUGAUUGAACAGCAUCUGGUAACAGGCGGCAGUUCAAAGCCGUUAGCGACCGAAGAGAAACCAAAAAAGUUUUCCGAGACGCACUUCCUAUUUAGCAGUUUUUAAUGUUUGCAGCCUGCGCUUGUGUUCAAACUGACACCUAACCUUCACUGAACACAUGAUGUUAGGAAUAGCAUUCUAGCAGUAACGUUUUUUUAUUAUUAUUAUUUAAAGGGAAGUCGAUUUCCUUGUUUUCAUAUUUAUGUAUUUAUGCAUUUAUUUAUUCGUUUUCAUCUGUUAUGGCUGAAAUGGUGGAGAAUUCGUACUCUUAACACUGUUUAAGAGUUCAUAACAGCCCGUUCCAAGCCAUCGAGAAUCGUUAAAUAUGAAGUUGUCGGGAUGGUUCUGUUUGUGGCUUCUGCCUCUGACCUUGGCUUCCCACACCUGGAAGGAGAGCGCCCCCUACAGCACAGCGCAGUGGACUUCUGCCACUCUCGCCAGGACAUCCAGAACAACACACAGGAAAGGAAAUGGGCGCGUGCGCAGGCACACCGUCUCCUGUGGGGAACACCAAUUCUUGGACAGAGAAGCAAAUCGCUGCUGCAAUAAAUGUCUUCCAGGUCACUACAAACAAUCGUCCUGCUCAGACAAUACCAACCAGACUCGCUGUGCUCCAUGCAAAGAGGGAAGUUUCAUGGACCAAUACAACCAUGUGCUAACAUGUCACAGGUGUCGUUCGUGCGAUCAUGCAAAAUUGGAGGAGGUGAAGAAGAGCUGCAACUCCACGUCCAACACAGUGUGCGGUUGUAAGAAGGGCAGUUAUCGCAAGAACGACAGUCAAGACUUCCCCUGUGCCAAGUGCAGUCUGUGUCACAACCGGACCAUCAAGGAGAACUGCUCUGAAAAUGCAGACACUCAGUGCGGCGAUUGUGUUCCUGGGCUUUAUCAAGACAAACACGGAGAGUGCCAGCCUUGCCGCAAGCAGGACUGCACAGAGGACAACAAAGACGCACCUCCAGAGGACUGGAAGCAGACCUUCACGAUCCUCUUCAGUUUGCUGGUGUUCUUGAUGCUGGGGGGGCUGGUCACUCUGAGUCUCCGCCAGUACUUUACCAUAGGGGGAGGACUGCGCCAAGCUGCUGGCCAGUCUCCUGGGGAAUCGAAAGUGCCUAUCCACUCUGGGGUUUCAGGAAUGCCUGGAAUUAUCACCGACUCCCAGUUAGAACAUACCACCCUGCUGCAGUCAGCCCUCCCUCCUCUUGACAGACCUGCAGUUCCCUCACCUGAUGUCCAGACUGACAAAUGGGCCGUGGCGGCAAAAGAGGAGCCUCCCGCCGACGCCUGGCCCCCCGCGGUGCUGUACGCCAUCAUCGAGGAGGUGCCCGUGCGGCGCUGGAAGGAGUUCAUGCGCGUGCUGGCUCUGCCGGACGGGGAGAUGGAGCGCGUGGAGCUGGAGCUCGCCCCCAGCUACCGCGAGCGGCAGUACCAGAUGCUGCGGCUCUGGAGCCAGAGACGGGGCGCGGAGCUGCAGAGCGUCCACGCGGCGCUGCACAGCAUGGACCUGCCGGGCUGCUCGCAGGAGCUGCAGGAGAAACUAGUCUUCCUGAUGACCCCCAAACCCACAGCCCCAGCUCUGUCCUACCCCUCCCUGAUCCAGUACAGGCCCGAGGCUGGGGAGGCUUCCGCAGGGCCUGCACAAUAACACCACAGCUGACCACACCGAACAACAGCAGAGCAAACAGGCAAGCAAAGGGACAGGCUAUGUCUCCCCCUGAGCAACCAGGAGACAGGCUUCAAUGAAAGCCCCACUGCAGAAGGAAAAAGACAGAUACUGCUCCGCUUGUAGAACUCCACAGCUGCAGGCAGGAUGGAACAGAGCCCUCCCCCCAUUGCCAGAAUGGACCUUGCACUGAGCAGUUGCCAGCCACAGCAACCCAGUGCCCUGGGCUGUCACUCAGCAACACAGUCCCAAGUGGAUCACAGCAAUGGCACCAGUUACUACAAGCCAUGCCCCCACACUGAUAGGUUCUCAGGUGCUAAUCACUCUUUACAGCAGGAUACAAGUUGCAGGUCAACAGUGCCCUACUUUAGGCUCUGGCCACCUCUUACAAAGGAAGUACAGUAAGGACUUUUCCUGGGUGGAAACUGGGGAUUGGUAGCACAUAGGCUGCAUACCCAACUUUGGCUUCUGAUAGAAUGUCUUGGCUAUGGAAAGCACUGUUCUAGCAGGAAACAGAGGGCAACCCACCAUUGUAAAGAAGCUCUUUGUAAAGGGGACUAUGGUACGGCUCAUGAUCUCAUGAUCAUUUAAUGCGAAGCCACACGUGAAAUUGGCAGUAAUCGUCACAGCCUUCAGCACUACCGAUGCUUCAAACCAUCGAAUCCAAACCAGUUCUCAGAAUCUCGAGCACAAAUGAUGAAACACAACUCCUUUAAAAGGCACAGAGGCAAAGCUGUAAAUUUCCUGUCGACAGAAAUGAUCUGCGCGUUCUCACACACCACCCUUACCUCCUCACUUGGUCUUGCCCGAGACAAACCGUGUUCAGUGGAAACCUGUACGAGUGCACACACACACACACUUCACAUGGACAGACACUAAAAAAAAAAAAAGCUGACACACACUUUCACUUAUCGUUAAGAUCUCCACAGACGCACCAUAGUGCGCAGGAAGCACAGUACAGGUAGACCACAGGAAAUCAAGUCCAUCUCGGCAGGAAGCAGAAAUGCUGUGCAUUCAAGAUGUUCUUUGGAAGGGAGGAGUUCCACUGCAAGGGAAGUGAGUGAGUCAACCAUUCCGCAGAAGACGACAGAAAAGAAUACCAUGAAAAGAUCAAGAUUAUGGGCAAUACAGGGAACUUUCUUUUUCUUCAACUUAUCAGUGUGAAUUUCAAAACGCAUUACUAAAAGUAUUUGCCAUUUUCUUGAAGAAUGUCUAUGUCCAAUAAAUAUAUAGAAAUAUAUAUUGUAAGUAGAAUUUUUAAUUCAAUAUACUUUGUCCUGUGUAACACAGAUGUGUGUAGACAGUUUUAAUGUCAUUUUUGUUUUUUUCCAGAUUAAAUAAAAGGCGUAACCUUACCCCUGGAACUUUUUAUCAACACAGUAAUUUAUUGAUUACGUGAUGUAAAAAUAAACAUUGCUGCAAUCUGA